GCCGUGCCCGGCGUGCGCUCGGUGCCCACAAAGCGCCAGCUGAGGGGCCGCUGGGGGCCGAGCGCAGCUGAGCUUCCCCGUCACCGCGCUCCUCAGGCCGGUCCUGCCCCUGCCGCGUCCCCGCGCCCCGAGCAGCCGGGCCCCACGGCCGCGCGAGCCUGGGCGCGGAAGGCAGGCCGAGCGGUUGCCGUCUCUGUGGGUCUGUGCGGCGGCGACAGCAGCGACUGCGGCCCGGGUCGGACAGCGCAGAGCCAUGGCCGAGGCGGCCCCAGCUCCGACUUCUGAAUGGGACUCCGAAUGCCUUACGUCCCUACAGCCCCUUCCCCUCCCUACACCCCCAGGAGCAAACGAGGCACACCUGCAGACUGCAGCCAUCUCCCUGUGGACAGUGGUGGCAGCUGUGCAGGCUAUAGAGAGAAAGGUGGAGGUGCACAGCCGGCGUCUCCUACAUCUAGAAGGACGGACAGGGACGACAGAGAAGAAGCUGGCCAGCUGUGAAAAGACAGUGGCUGAUCUCGGGAACCAGCUGGAUGGCAAGUGGGCCGUGCUGGGGACCCUGCUGCAGGAGUACGGGCUGCUGCAGAGGCGGCUGGAGAACUUGGAGAACCUGCUGAGGAACAGGAACUUCUGGAUCCUGCGGCUGCCCCCGGGUAUUAAAGGAGAUAUCCCAAAGGUGCCUGUGACAUUUGAUGAUAUCUCCAUCUACUUUUCCACUCCAGAGUGGGAAAAGUUAGAAGAAUGGCAAAAGGAACUUUACAAGAAUAUCAUGAAGGGCAACUACGAGUCUCUCAUCUCUAUGGAUUAUGCCAUGAAUCAGCCUGAUGUCUUAUCUCAGAUUCAGCCAGAAGGAGAACAUAAUACGGAGGAUCAUGCGGGGCCAGGGGAAAGUGAGAUUCCCACCGACCCCAGUGAAGAGCCUGUCAUUUCAACAUCAGAUAUUCUGUCUUGGAUUAAACAAGAGGAAGAGCCCCAGGUUGGGCCCCCACAGGAGUCCAAGCAGAGUGACAUAUACAAGGGUACCUAUGCUGAUGAACAGCUUGUCAUCAAAGCCGAAGGCCUUGCCGGAGCCUCCUUGUGCCCCGAGGUUCCAGUCACCUUCUCUUCACCACCAGCAGCAGCAAAGGAUACUUUUUCAGAUGUGGCUUUCAAAGGCCAGCAACCUGCAUCCAUGACACCUUUUGUACAUCCAGCCACUGACCUGGCAGAAGCCUCUGAGGGACAAGUGACGUUCACACAGUUGGGUAGCUAUCCCCUGCCGCCCCCUGCUGGAGAGCAGAUGUUCUCAUGCCACCACUGUGGCAAGAGCCUCAGCCAAGACAUGUUGCUGACCCACCAGUGUAGCCACACUGGUGAGCACCCCUUAUCCUGUGCCCAGUGUCCCAAGCACUUUUCUCAGCAAGCCGAGCUUGGCAGCAACCCCCAGACCCAUGCCAGUGAGACGCCCCCCACCUGCCCGCACUGCGCCAGGACUUUCACUCACCCGUCAAGACUCACCUAUCACCUCCGGGUCCAUAGCAGCACUGAGCGCCCUUUCCCCUGUCCUGAUUGCCCCAAGCGCUUUGCAGACCAGGCCCGCCUCACCAACCACCGGCGAGCUCACGCCAGCGAGAGGCCCUUCCGCUGCACGCAGUGUGGCCGGAGCUUUAGCCUGAAAAUCAGCCUCCUGCUCCACCAGCGCGGGCAUGCACAGGAGCGGCCUUUCUCCUGCCCCCAGUGUGGCAUUGACUUCAAUGGCCACUCGGCCCUGAUCCGCCACCAGAUGAUCCACACAGGCGAGCGUCCUUACCCGUGCACUGACUGCAGUAAGAGCUUUAUGCGCAAGGAGCACCUGCUGAACCACCGGCGGCUGCACACGGGCGAGCGGCCCUUCAGCUGCACGCAAUGUGGAAAGAGCUUCAUCCGCAAGCACCACCUCAUGAAGCACCAGCGCAUCCACACGGGCGAGCGGCCCUACCCCUGUGCCUAUUGCGGCAGGAGCUUCCGCUACAAACAGACGCUUAAGGACCACUUACGUUCAGGCCACAACGGAGGCUGUGGGGGUGAGAGUGACCCAUCUGGACAGCCGCCUGACCCCCCAGGUCCUCUCCUAACGGGGCUCGAAACCUCUGGCCUAGGCGUUAACACUGAAGGUCUAGAAGCCAAUCAGUGGUAUGGGGAGGGUAGUGGAGGGGGAGUUUUGUGAACCUCCCUCCCGGUUAUCCAUGCUCACCCAGGACAAGAGAAAGGGGCAUGAGCCCCUCCACUCCUGAAGUAAUCACUAUUGAUUGCUAUGUUGAUGCAUUUGGGGUCCUAUACACUUGACUAGAGACAUGCUUGAGUUUGGGAACUUCACAGCAUUACAAGUAUACCACUUUUUUUAACAUAUUUUUUUAUUUCAGAGAGGAAGAGAGAGAGAGAGAAACUUCAGUGAUGAGAGAGAAUCAUUGAUUGGCUGCCUCCUGCAUGGCUCUCACUGGGGAUGGAACCCGCAACCCAGGCAUGUGCCCUGACCAGGAAUUGAACCGUGAGCUCCUGGUUCAUAGGUCGAUACUCAGCCAUUGAGCCACCCUGGCUUGGCCAAGAAUAACACAUUUUGAAACACAGAAGAGCCCAGCAUCCCCAUCUUUUCAAAAAAUGAGACCUAAGCAGAAAUUGCAGAGAGAGAGGAAAACAUGAUUUGGCCUUUGGUAAUUCAUCACAGGGUAAUAGAUUGAGCAUGAUUGCAGCUCUGGGUAGAAACAGUUACAUGGGAAGAACCUCCAGAGCUUGAAGCCCAUCUGAGGCAGAGCCUUUCAUUAGUCCCCUGAUGAUAAGACAGUUGUUAGAAGAAAGUACUCCAGCCUCAGUCCAUAUUCCUGCUCCUUCCAAUGCUAGCUAAAGCCCACUCGUGCUGAUGGACUGUCUCUUCCCAAAUGAUAGUGCAAUACGGCCUUCCUAGACUAAUUCUUUUUAAAUACAUUUUGUUACAUAUUGGGUGAGCAAGAAAUCUGACUAAAAACUUCUUGAGAACAGUGCUUAACUUUCACCACUUGAUUUGCAGCAUUAAGCCUCUCACUGGCAUUUAAACUGCCAGAAACCUCUACCGAGGUCCUGGUUUAAAAAGUUUGGAACAGUGUUCUCAGCCCCAGCUGUAAAAGCUAGAAAUCUCAGAGAAAUGAUGACAGCCUAACCUUUAUGCCUGAACCAUGUUUCUUAGAAGUACUUACUUCCAGUUCUUGUUAUCUAUAAGCCAAUAAGAUGGCUUUUCAAUUUCUAGUGUCUGAUAUUCUUGACAGUCCUCAGCAAAAAAAAUCACAGCACUUCCAGAAGCAUUAUGGAGUUUCAGAAAAGCUGGGUGCACUGGCACACCCAGCUUUUGUCUCAGCAGUGAGGUGCUGGUGUGAUAAUGCAACUUUCUUGAGCCGUUAGAAAAUAUUCACCCAUCUGGCCAUUCCCAAGUUGGCAGUGGACAGAUUGAGGGACUUCAUAGAUCACUGAGAGCUAAGCACCAGAUGCAGACAGGGAUAGCCUCUUCCUGCUGAUUUUGCUUUUAGGGACCUUGACUACCAUGGGUCCUUUUGUCGGGGUCAUUCAUUCCCCUGGGAGCAUCUGAGCCUUGUGCUGCUCCUAAGUGGCUUUGCAAUUGUGCGUACGUCCCUUCUUUUCCUUUACAAAUCUCAUAUUUUCAUCUGUGAAGUGAGGCUGGUGAAAGAAAAAAAGUGAGCUUCUAAGAAAAUUUUUUUUUAGAUCUUGUGAUACAUUGCUUCUUCUGCCAAAAUCCUCUCUCUGUCUCUGGCUUCUAUCCAGGCAAAGCCAAAUAAGAAGCAAAAUCAAAGCAGAGACAUUCCUGCUGAAACUUGACUGAAAUCAAUUUGAUUUGUUAUUUUACUCCUGCUUGGAGCCUGAGGUGGAAGGCAGAGAAUACAGAAAACCCUUAAGUCUUAGGCAGAAAAGCUGUGUAUAUCCGCACUCUUUUGUUUCCCCUGAUCUUCCUGAGCUGCCUGGAAACAAGGUCUGCGAGUAAUUAGGACACUUUAUUGAUGAAAUAGUAAGGGAAGGACUCAUUUUUUCCUUAUCACCUAGCACAGCCUUUACCCUGCCUGGUUGUGCAUAACCACACCAGGAAAAAGCGUCUUUACCCCAGCCAGCUUUGCCUCUAGGAAGGCUCUGUCUGAACAUGCUGCUCUUCAGAUAAUCACAGUGAUAGCAUCUACUCUGUGAUAGUCACAGUACCAGGAAUCAUAUGAAGUAAUGAAGAAACCCAGGGGUAUAGAACAAACCAGGACAUGAGGAACAGAAUGCUGGCAUAGUGGGAGCUUUCUAACUAGGAUCUAGACUUGUACUCUGAGAAAAUUUUGGGGUUCUGGGAAUUCUAGUUUCACAGGUUGACCCACUAGGAACAUGAGUGUGAGGUCCAGCUCUGGUUUCCACCCUGAUCUUAAAGAUAAGGGAGAAGAAUUAAAAGUAUUACCUUUAGGUGGUAUGUUCCCUUUUCUGAACAGAUUUAAGCAUUUAACCACAGGAUGCUGGAGAAGGAAUUCUAGGUAUGAUGUUGGACUAGGUAAUAUGGAAAAUUCUUUUUUACUCAAUGAUUUACUGAUGACAUGGAGUUUACUAACAAAAGAGACCUGUGGGUUAAAAUGCUGCAGAAAGAUGGAGGUAGGGGUUUUCCUAAUCUUUGGCCCUGGUACACACUAGAUGUUCGACUAUGGUGCAUUCUGGUCUCCUCUCCCUCCACCAGGUAGAACUCCAGGCCAUCUCCAAAUUGGAGAAUUUGCGUAAAAUUCAAGAAUGGGUAAGUAAAAUGGAUCAGUGGAAAAGAUUUCAGUGUAUGGAGAAGCUUGGUCCAGCCAGGGCUCCUGAGUGAAACCAGGCAUUUAACUCAACAGUUAAAGAAGUACCCGCGGAUUGGGUGUCAUGAGCAGAUUUGAUAGGAAAGCCAGAAACAUGCUCAUUAGGCUGCCCUCUGGACUAAGAGAUCUGUACUAUCACAUAAAUGGGCACCAUCUCACCGGAGUGGAUCCAGGUGUUGACUGUAACCAGAUUCAGUCUGCUUACUAGGUUUUUUCAUUGUCACCAUAAGACGAACCUAUGGUUCAGCCACAGAUGUGGAAAUAAAUGGAAGUUUAUCUAGAAAGUGAAAGCUGAUGACUGCUCCUUUCUCCUGGAUAUUCGAUGCUGGCACCAUAGCGGGGCUCUUGCUAGAGCAGUGUUUUAUAUAACUUCCCUCAUCAGGAACAGUCCACAGAGUUCCCACUGAAGGGCUGCUGGGCUGCUCUUUGGAGCAUUUUUGAGAGAUUGAGUAUCCCAGCCUAUCUCAACCAGGACCAGACCCUAUGCCCUACUGGGGCAUAACAUAUGCUCACUGUCUGUCUGCAGAAGCCUUGUUGGUAUAAAGGACCCACGUUCCUUUAUCUGUUCAUUCUAAAUGAUAUGGAGAACCCAAAUUUUUUUUUCUAAUGAUGCCCCUGACCAGAAUCGAACCCACAACCUUUCAGUUCACGAGCCAACAUUCUAACCACUGAGAAAUCUGGCUAAGGCAGAACCCAAAUUUCUGCUCGGAUUUCUCUUGAGGAAGGGCAGGAAAGCACCCCAUCCCUUCCUCAACAGCUAGCGCCCAAGGGCUGCUCAGUAGCAAUGAAUAAAAGCAAGUCUUUCCACAAGGCUCUCAUAGACCAGGGACUCUUAUCUUCAGAUACAUGUUUUAUCUGUGUGCUUGAUAGCUUUGAUCCUGUUCCCUUCACUCUACAAAGCAAACAGCUUGUCCACGGAGGACAUUCUUUGACUAGGAAGUGUCAAGCUCUUACAAGCAAAAGGUAGUCAAGUUAGGUCAGGUCGGGGAUGGGAGGGAGUGGGAGCGGGCAGUGUGCAAGGCCUUAAUUUGAGGCCACAUCACGUGGGUUAGUACAGCUUCAUGGUUUAGAGCAUGGACUCAGACCUAGAUUCAAGUCCUGGUAUCAGCAAAAGUAACAUACUGAACAUGCAUUAUUUAACCAUCAUGGGCCUAGUUUCCUUAUCUGUAAAAUAGGGAGAAGGAUACCUCUGUCUCUGAGGUGUUAGGUUAGGGGAUACCUGUGAAAGUGCUGAGCACGAAGCCUGACAUGUAGAAGGUGUCAGAAUGGCAGCCCUCAAGAGGUGUGCAGGACCAACCAGAGAGGGCCACACAGCCAGCUGAGCCUGAAGUGGUGUCAAGAACCAAGGCUGCUCUACGGAAUCAUGGGAUUUUUUUUUUUUUUUAAGUACAUGGUUCUUAAUGUCUCAUCUUUUUGCUUUCAUGCAGCCUGUUCUGUUACUCCAUCUUUUCUGUACUUCUGGCUCCCACAAGUUCCUGUGUGCCAUAAUACCAUGUGGCUCUCUGGUUCCCUUGGUUUUUCUUAGUUCAGAUUCUAAGGGGUGGGGUCUGGCCUUGUCCUUUCUAUAUCAGGCCACAGGAGUUUACAGCCAACCCUUGGAUUGGCUGCCCGUCGGUUACGUGCUCAUCUUGGUUCCGUCAGCUGUAGUCAGGAGGGACGAUCUUGUGGUCCUUGCACCAGGAUCUGUGACUUGGGAAUGGGCAAACAGUGGCAUAGUAUGGCAUGUCCAGUACUACCAGGAGAGGAGAGCGUCCGCUUUACCUGCAUGAGGGUCUCUUAAAAGACUUCUGCUUCAUGAGCACUGUCAGAGACUAGAGGUUGUUAUUGUCUCUCAUAAAGGACCCGAGAGAUGCUGUUUAAAUAACUUGCAAAAGGAGUAAUUUGUCACUUUGUAGGGUUGUAGUCCUCCCUUUCUGGUCCUGCUCCAAUUUUUUUUUAAAGUGUGUGUAACUCUGAGCAUAUAUAUAUAUAUAUAUAUAAUUAACAAUGGUUGUUCUAGGUGUGUGUAAACACACACACACAUACAAUGACUUUCAUCAACUUGGCCAAAUUGCCUCUUCAAAACAAAAAAUUAUUUCAGCCCUGGCCGGUUUGGCUUGGUGGAUGGAGCAUCGGCCUGGGGGCUGGGGGGUCCCGGGUUCGAUUCCGGUCGAGGGCAUGUACCUUGGUUUCGGGCACAUUCCCAGUGGGGGGGGGGGGCGGUGCAGGAGGCAGCUGAUCGGUGUUUCUCUCUCGUCGAUGAUUCCAACUCUCUAUCCCUUUCCCUUCCUCUCUGUAAAAAAAAUAAAAUAUAUAAAAAAAAAUUAUUUCAGUCCUAAGACCAUCCACUAAAUGCGGAAAGGUACAGUCUAAUCAAGGAAGCCGAAGAGCAGUGUGCUGCAAUGCUCUGAAAAUUGCCAGGUGACAUUUCAAAUAAAAGAGUUGAUAAAACCUCAGUGGGCAACAUGGCUUUGUUUCUGUUUAUUAGCAAAGCCAGUAUUUGCUGUGAAAUCUUGAAACUGGUCUAAAAAUUCAGCCACCCAAGAAUGGAGGCCACAUGCUGUUAGGGAUGUGGCUACUCCAUGAAUAAUUGUACAGUGGGAAGACCACCUGAGCAGGGGUUAAAAACGGGAUUCUGGUCUUAAGAUUCUCUACCUUCCUGGUACGGAGCAAGCCACUUAAUUUGUGGAGAUCUCAUUUUCUUAAUUCUAAUGUGCACAUUGAACAAAAUGGUAAUGUAAGGUCACAUCCACCUCUAAAAUCAUAGACUUCAAGAUUUCACUUCCUGGUCCUUUCCUUAUCUGGUUUCUCUCCAGAUUCUGCCAUACUAAGUGAUUGCUUCCACCCAACAGAAUAAGCACCUUGAUGAGUUCGGCAUCAUUACCGAACAGCUUCAUUCUACUAGUAUCUUUAUUAUAAUUACUCCAAAGCCACACAAACUGACAAGAUGUUAGCAAAACUGUAAACUUUUGUUUUAAAUACACAGUAUGCAGUUGACUGCAUUUUUUAAGGCUAGGAAAACACACCAAAAUUAAGAAUGGUUUUUCUAGGGUGUUGGGGUUAUUCAGUGGUUAUUUUACCCUGUAAAUUCUGUGUAAUGUAAAAUAUCUUGUGUAUAGCAUUCAGAGAGGAAGAAAGAGGGAGAGACAGAAAUAUCAAUGAUGAGAGAGAAUCAUUUAUUGGCUGCCUCCUGCACACCCCCUACUGGGGAUUGAGCUCACAACCAGAACACGUGCCCUUGACUGAAUCGAAUCCGGGACCCUUCAGUCCGCACGCUGAUGCUCUACCCACUGAGUAAAACCAGCUAGGGAGUGUAUAACGUUCUUAAUGCUUUUAUAAGAACAUGGAUUAUUUUAGUGAGAAUGGUCCUGGAAAUGAAGUCAGGAGGCCAGAGUUUUAAUCUUGCUUUGAUUUGUCAUGUGUAAUAUGAGAAUAAUGCACAUUUUACUAACUUUACAUUGGUGUUGUGAGGCUCAAAUGAGGGGUGGUCUUAAAAAGUGCUUUAAAACAUAUUAAAGGCCUGAGAAGCAAGUGUUGCUACAGUAGAUGCAGAAGAAUUACUUGCUGACCAGGUAAACAGUCUCUGGAUGUCGGUGCUCCUCAUUCAAGAUUGGACAGUGGUUGCUUCUUCACUUCCAGUUUGCCUGUGCUGGCUGGUGGGGAGAAGCUGCCUGAGGUUGCCAGUUGGGAAGCAGUGGGGAAAGGGAAGUACGUGUGGGCAGAGAUUGAAAACAAAGUGGGAUGGAGAAAAUACCAGGUUGACCUAUAUCCCAUAAUGUGUUGACUUUUACCAGCAACUUAUGCAAGAUCACCAGCUGUACGUAUACGAGGAAUUGUAACAAAUCAGGGAGGCAGGCAUGUCACUGGAGAGAUUGGGUUAAACAAGCAGAAUUCACAACCAGGGAUGUACCCAAAGCUGUGCACAUCAAGCCAGUUCUUGGCUUUGAAUUUAUAGUUAGUAAAAAUUAUACAAGAAAACCGGUAUCGACAAGCUAAGCUCAUGAGUAAGCAGGAUAAAAACAAUGCGCAAGAACAAUGAAAUCAUAGUUUAUUUUUAACCAGUAAGUGAUCAUUUAGAAUGACCCUCAGGGUGAUCUUGUGGGGCUGAGUCAAGGACCUGAGGAACAGCAAGAAGACUGUUAGCUGGUUCUUGGCUGGACAUUAUACUAACCUGGGGAGCUUAAAACUCUGU